AUGUCAUUCCCAUACAAGCACGUCCUCAUGAUCGGCGCCACCGCAGGCAUCGGCAAAGCAAUGGCAAAUCGGUUGAUCCAAGAAGGUGUCAAAGUUACAGCAGUUGGACGACGAGAAGGCAGACUGGACGAGUUCGUGACUAGUCAUGGCGCGAAAAAGGCAUCGGCGGAGCAAUUCGACAUAGCAGAUUCCAACGAAAUACCUACAUUUGCCGUUAAUGUCACUAAGAGAUAUCCAGACAUCGACUGCGUCUUCCUGAACGCCGGCACCCAGGCCGCUAUCAACCUCUCUGACCCUGCCAAAUGGGAUCUAAACGCCUUCCAGAGGGACGUCUCCGUCAAUUUCGUCAGCUUCGUCAACCUAACACACGCCUUUUUGCCGUUUCUCUUGAGCAAGGGUUCUACAACAGGCCUGAUAUACACCACUUCCCAUCUCGCAUACAUCCCAGCAGCAGGUCUCUCCGGCUACUCAGCGUCAAAAGCCGCGCUGAACUCCUUCAUCCUUUGCUUGCGAGAUCAGCUCCGCAACUCGAGCGUUAAAGUUGUCGAGUUGUCACCACCGGUGGUCCAGACUGAACUCCACGACUACAUGGGCGCCCGUGGUCGUGAGAUGGGCAUGCCGGUCGCAGACUUCACGGAUGCUGCGUUUGCGGGACUCGCGUCUGGAAACGACGAGAUCUUUAUUGGCGACCUUAGUGUUGUUUCGGCGGAGAGGUUGGGCCGGAUCGUCAAUGAGCGCCGGAGCGCGUUUAACGAUCUGUCGAAGAUGCUAAGAGGGGGCAAGGAUUGAGGAUAGGAUUGGGGCUAUGUAGCGGUUUGAUGGAAUAGAUGAAAUCGAAGAAUUGUCACAUUCAAAGA